AGUGUACUUCUGUGUGCCGAUUCUACGCCAGGCUACAUGAUGACGGACCUCUCUCGGGAACUCUCCGAUUUACCUAAUGGGCCCUGCCCUACGCUGGAUCCGGAGCCAUCCACCUCCCAACCACUGGCUGGCGGCCAAGCAGCCAAGGACGGAAAGAAGAAGAAGAAGCCGGGCAAGCAAGUUCCGUGUACCAUAACCAGACCGCCCCCGGACGCUGGGUCUAUUGACCCCCGGGAGACCUCGCGGCAGCCCCCCCUGACGCUGCACCUAUGAGUGCCAGGGAGGCGGAGAUAAACGUCGGCAAUGCGCCCAGGAUGUUAGAGCUGGCUAACGCUGUAUCGACUUUACAGUCGACUGUUCUGUCCCUCCUCCCAACCACCUCUGCAGCCACCAACCAGCAGGGAGAUGAUGUGGACGACGACAUCGAGUGGCUUGUCUCUCAGCAGCCCUCCACUCGGGACCAAGCUGACCAAGGUGUAUUGGGAGAGUACACGGAGCUAGUGGAGAAGGCAGACGAGGUGGUCGGCGCUUCUGUGUUCGAAAAAUUGGUCGAGGUGGUUAACAAGUUGAUGUCCACCGGCUUGAAGGAGGACACUCUAAAGGGGAAGUUGGAGGCUUUCCCCCGACCUGAGAAUUGCAAGGCCCUAACUGCCCCCAGAGGCCAGAGUCAACCCUGAGAUUUGGUCCAUCUUAAAGAGCGGAACUCGAAUAUUCGACCACAAACUCCAAAAGACCCAGUCAUUCUUACUCAAGGCGAUAACUCCACUUGCCCGCGCUGCGAAUGGCCUUCUCGAACCAGAUAAGGCCCCCUCCAUCGACCCACGGCAAACUAGCAAGCUGCUACUGGACGACGGCAAGCCUCGACCUAGCUGAGCUCGAGGCGUCGCGUCGUGAGCUCAUCAAGCCGGAGCUUGAUACGGCUUUUCGCUCACUAUGCACGCAUAAGGCGGGUUCCUCAACCUCUAGCCUGCUGUUCGGGGACAAUUUCCCCCAGAGAUGCAAGGAAUUAAAGGAAACACAUCGGCUGGGCAUUGGUGUACAGGCCCCCCCAUCAAAACCGCUGGAGGUUUGCACGCCCCACUCGACAGGCUACCAGACCCUAUCAUGUAGAGGGGUACUCACGCCGCCGUUCGUUGACGGGCAACUAUUCAAGGCCUCCCCCAAACUUCCCACCGAGGAGACACCGGGCUCCGCCUUUCCACCCGGACCAGCGUGGCCGUCAAACCAAGAAACAAACCGAUUAGAUCACUCGGCGUCGAUAGACCCCACCCCCUCUUCGGGAACUGCGCCUCAUUGCCUGUCAGUUAUCGGGGGACAAUUGCAAGCCCAAGGAAUUUCGCCGCAAGCUGCGAAUGUCAUCUUGCACUCGUGGAGAAGUCCACUCGUCAAAGUUAUGACUCAGUCCUUAGAAAAUGGCUUCUCAGUUUAUUCCAGAUUGUGAAUUUAAAUUUUAUGCAAUCAAAAAGGAGUAUGUUUUGAAAGAACUAUUACAUAUUGAUUGUUCGAAAGCGGUCGGAGUAGAUGGCAUUCACCCUAAGUUUCUAAAGCUGGCAGCAGAGAGUAUAGCUGGCCCUUUAACCCAUUUAUUUAAUGCAACUUUACAAACUAGUGUUAUUCCAGAAGAUUUCAAAACAGCAAGAAUUACUCCUGUACAUAAGGGAGGAUCAUU